AUGGACUUGUCGGAGCUGACGUGCAUCAUCUCCAAAUUCGACCCGCUGUCCGACUACUCUGAAAGCGAGACCGAGGUCUUCAAGCAACCUGCACCGAGCAAUCUCCAGCGGCGUCUCCGGCCAUGUCUCAAACAGGCGCAGCAGACAUUGAUCGCCCCAGCAACAACGUCCAGCGAGGGCGCGGGUAUUGCGGCCCGAUGCCGCAAGACUGCGCGCUUUGCAGCGGCGCAUCUGCUCGCAAGAUGUCUCGUGACGGGCAGCAUCGUGCCGACGCGCGAAGAGGAGCGCGCCGCCGGCAUCGACGAGGACGGGCUUGACAUUGAUGGCGGGGAUCGUCGCAGGCAGCAGAGGAGACAGAAGCGGGCGAAGCAACGGGCUGGGCAGAGGCGCCACGGCAGUGGCGGCGGUAACCUUUUGGAUGACGAGUUGGCAUUUCACAGGGGCGUGGACGACAGGAAAUGUAGCCCGACGUCAAUUCCAAACUCGCAAACGACACCAACGAUACCCGAGGGGCUGGCCUUGAAACAAGCCGCCGGCACUAAGGACGAACCCAGCAUCAAGGUCGAAGGGGGAAGUGUCGAACCAGGAGAAGAAGGCCCGUCCCCUGAAGAGGAAAAAUUAUCGACAGAAAAGGACCCAGAGGAGCUGGCCCUCGAUGAGACCUUGGUCGAGGCCUGUCGGAACGCCGUGAUUAACUCCAGGGACGUCACGCCGCUGCAGAGCCUCGAGAGGUUCGCUUGGCAGAGCAGAUGGGCCGUGUCUGCGUCUGGGAAGAACCUGGAUUCGAACGACUAA